GCGUUGUGACGGUCUAUCUCGCGAGGUUUCCGCUCUCAACGCGUGUACCCUUUCUUGACGCCGUGUGCUGCGCGCUUUACCAGUUGCUGCUAUUAGGAAGAUGGCCGACGACUUCGGGAACGGUGAUGGCAUGGAUCUGCCGGUGGGCAAGGAUGCAGUAAAUCGUCUCAUCCAGGAGAACAGUGACAUUUUCUCUGACACACAUUGUAAAGUAUGCAGUGCCGUCUUGAUCUCGGAGUCCCAGAAGCUUGCUCAUUACCAGAGCAAGAAGCAUGCCAAUAAAUAUCGCCGGUACAUGUCCAUUCACCAAGGAGAAGAUUUUACCCCAGCAAAAAAGAUGAAAGCGGAUGAUACUGAGCAGACUCCCAGUGAGGAAGUGGAUACGAAUACAAAAUACAAAUGCUGCUCGGUCUGCAACAUGACCUUUUCAUCUCCAGUGGUGGCCGACUCUCACUAUAAUGGCAAAAUACAUUCAAAGAAUCUGAAACUGAAGGAGCAGGGUGGAGUGCCCCAAGUUAUGCCUCGAGUUGCCAAGCCCAUACCAGUACCCCCAGGAACGCCAGAUAAAUCGGACCCUAACAAGUUUUGCCAGCUUUGCAACGCUACCUUCAAUAAUCCUCAUAUGGCGGAGCAACAUUACAAGGGCAAGAAACACGAGAAGCAGGAGACUAAAAACAAGCUCAUGAGUAUUUAUAGCCGCUCUGGGAAAAUGAUACCGCAAUCUACACCCCUCAAUCCACAAACGCCAGGCUCUGGAGCAACCGGAAACUGGUUCCGCUGUGAUCCAUGCAAUGUUGUUCUGAAUUCUAUAGAGCAGUAUCAGGCUCACAUCAGUGGAUCCAAACACAAGAACAAUUCAAACUCCAUGGUAACCACACUUUCGGAAAGCCUGACGCCUCCACCCACUCGGAAGUCAUAUGGCGGUGCUUUGUCAUCCAAUUUCCAGCCGUCCUCAGAGGCCCACUCCACAGUUCCUGCCUUUUCAUUGCCUGCAGGUGGACUUUCGUCUUCUGGGGGUUACUCGUCGAUACCUGGCAAUUUCUCCUCAUACUCGCGUGGUCUGUCAAGUGCACGGCGCACAGCUUCUGGCGAGGGUCUGCUUCCAUUACCCUCCUAUGCUCCAGAGACCAGUGAUGGCUACAAUUAUUUCAGUCAAGGCUAUUAGACCAUGUUCCCAGGGUGGUUGGUUCAGUUGAGGCGCAGUAAGGGUGAGUACACACGCACACUACAGAUUGGUUGCAGAAGUUUCUACAACUGUGCCAUUCGUCUGAAUGGGACUUGCAGAAAUUCAUGUGUGCGCUGCUGAAACCUCCCCACAAGUGAAUCCACCCGAACAAGCCAGAAAUGUUAGUGACUGUGAUGUUUCUGUUUUUGUUUUUUUAAGUUUUCUCCUAUCCUUAGCAACUUCUGGAAACUGGUUAGACUGUUGGCAAUGCUUACCCUUACACCACAGCGUAACUAGCGAUAACAUUUUUUUGAUGGAUCUUCCGGGAAAGGGGAAGAAUGCCGUGUAACUUGCCAGCCAUCUUGUGUUUGUCAUUUGAAGUUCUUAAAGAAGAAGGGAAAAAAAAAAAAAAGCCUCAGCUCC